UUUUCAAUUCGAAUUUUUUCCCUUGUUUUUUCUCUUCUUUUCCUUGUCUCGAUUUUAAUUAUACAAAUACACGUUAUAAGCUCGCACCCACACAUUCAAUUCAACAAUCAAUCCGAAAUAAUGCCAGCAGUUCCGAGCCCCCAGGAAAUCACUAACCUCUACGAGAAUACGCGUGCGGCACUGAAUGCGGACAGCCCCGAUCUCGAUGCAAUCAAAUCGCGCCUGUCGCAGCUCAAGGUCGCGCUCGUUCAAACUGCCAUACAGGACGCGCACGUAGCGCAGAACGCCUCUUUCCAGUCAUUGAAGCGGAGCAUCUUGGAGAUGGGUGCAGAAUUUUCGAUCAAGACGGGUGACAUUUCGGCGUUCGAGCGCUACAUGGCGCAGCUGGAGGUGUUCUACUUUGACAGCCAGUUUGGCCUCGAGGAGUCCAAGGUCAUGUACCCGCUGAUCGGACUGAACCUGCUGCGCAUGCUGUCAGAAAACCUUAUUGCUGACUUCCACACCACACUUGAGCGCAUCGGCCUUGACCAGCUGCAAAGCAACCAGUUUAUCGUGCACCCGGUAAAGCUCGAGCAGGCACUGAUGGAGGGCAGCUACAAAAAAGUGUGGCAGGCACGCGCCGAGGUGCCCACACCAGAGUACAUGUUCUUCAUGGACAUUCUGAUGUCGACCAUCCGCAAUGAGGUCGCUUCGUGCGUCGAGAAGAGCUACGCGAGUCUUCCCUUUGCCGACGCAAAGUCGGUGCUGUUCUUCACCAGCAUGGACGAGUUGCUCAGGUUCGCCCAGGAGCACCGGUGGACUGUGAGCCCGUCCGAAAAGCGCAUCACAUUCCCAUUGACCACCGAGAACACGCGUUUGUUCCAGGGCGAGAACAUCAUGAAGCAGACCCUGUCGUAUGCGCGGGAGCUCGAGCGCAUUGUGUAGGCCUAUUUUGUUGUUGAAGAUCUUUCCAUGUUAUUAUUGCGUUCAUGUUCGUGUUCGUGUUCGCAUUUUAAUGUUUUGGCAGCCAAAAAGGCAGCAUUCUGAUUUCAGUCCACGGAAUCUUGUUGCGCCUUGCCAGUCUUGGGACUGCGUUUGGUUUUGUUGGCUGCAAAGUGGUUGGGGGAUGAGGGGGAGAAUGCGCAGAUCGAUGCUCUGGAUAGUAAAAUUCGGAAACAUCGUUUGACGGUAUUUGUUUCUCUUUCAU